CCGCUUCACUUCCGUCACUCGGUAGUUUCGGUGUUAAACCUCCGCGAGCGCGAGUCAAUCACGCGUCCGUCACUCGUCUCCCGCUCGCGCUCAAACGGAGCGCGUGACGUCACCGCAGCGAGGGGCUCCGGUUCUCAGGUGUAUCCCGUUCCUGUCUCUCUCUCCGGCGGUCGGUCGGUCGGUCUUGGGCUCGCACCGGGAAUAACGCGGCGGACCGCGCGUCUCCAGCGACAUGGGAAAGACUCGCGCGCUGCUCCUGCUGUGCGCCGCUGUCGCUCUAUGCCACUGCAGGUCAGUGACUGUGUCCAGGGGUCCUCUGCUCCGGGUCGAGGGCCAGCCGCUGUCCAUCCGCUGUGAUGUAUCGGAGUACGAGGGCCCGCGGGAGCAGGAAUUUGAAUGGAAAGUAAAACGAGGAUCAGAAUUCAUCAAUGUGAUCUCAACAUUUGAUAAUCGUUACACAGACCGCUCUCUUCAGGACCGUAUACAGAGUGGAGACAUCAGUGUGUCACGACUAGCUAAUAACGCCGCUGAGCUGAAGAUUCAAGAGGCUCGAGUUAGUGACAGCGCCACCUACCGCUGCAUUACUCCGAGCACAGACUCGGUCUUCAGUGGAAACUAUGAGGCAGACGUCCAGCUGCAAGUUAUUCCCAACAGUCUGAUUGUGGCUCCCGAUGCCCCAAGCCCUGUGGUUCAUGAGGGCGGAUCCGUCAGACUCCUGUGCAAUAUCUCCCGUAACUUCAUGGAGGGAAUUUACCUGUCUCUUACCUGGUCAGUGAAGAAGGGCUCAUCUCAGCUGGAGGACCUGCUGAGCUUUGGUCCAGAUUUGGGUGUGACGGUUGGCAACAAUUACAUGCUGCGCUACACAGAUGGCGGGAUGCGGCUAGAAAUGGGGAACGGCGUCUCGCACAGUCUUGUGCUCUCCGCAGCGACGCCGGCGGAUCAGGGCAUGUACAUGUGCACGGCCAGACUGUGGACGAGAGAGCAGGGAGCCUGGAACCGUAUUCAGGAGAAGACCAUGGAGAUGGGAGAAGUGACUGUCACCCCGACGGCGAGCUCCUUCAGCGUCCAGGUUCAGGACGACAGCACAUUGUCCACAGGAGAGUCGCUGCUCCUCACCUGUUCUGUGUCCGCUGAAGCCUCGCUGGAUCUGGAGGUGGCGUGGCUGAUGAACGGCACGCGGGUUGUGGCCCGUCUGAGUCGUGACGGCGUGCUGACCAAUGCAUCUAAUGCAGUGGACGUGAGGCGGCUGGGAAAGUGGGAUUUCCAGCUCAAGGUUCACGGUGUGGAUCUGUCUGACGCGGGACUCUAUGCGUGUAAAGCGAGUGCAUGGGUUCAGCGCGACGGUGGACGAUGGGACCGGGCCACGGAGAAGGUUUCGGACCCCGUACGUGUUCACGUUAUUAAGCAAAAUCCAGAGUACACUGUUGUUCUGAACUCAUCUGUGAACGCAAAGAUGUCUGGCGACCCGACGGAGCUGGAAUGCAAAGUCACAAAUGUGUCGAACCUUCGUAGCGGGCGGCUGGGAGUGUCGUGGCUGUACAGAGGCGUUCAGCCCGGAGACGUCCCGUUAUCCACUCACACCAUCGCCUCUCUGGAUGAGAACGGGAACCUGGUGGCAGGCAAGACGUACAAGAGCCGCGUGGAGGCGGGGCUUAUUACAGUGACCCGAGCAGAACCUUCCGUGUUCAAGCUCCGCCUCCUUCACACGACGGACGCCGACGCUGGUGAAUACACAUGUGCUGUAACCGCAUGGGUGCCGUCUCGACAUGGGAACUGGAAAAAGGCUGCCGAGCAUGUGUCCUCAGCGCUGAAAGUCAGCUUUGCUAACAAGCGUCCUGUACUCAGUGUCGUGGCCCGGCGUCUCCGUGAAGCUUCAGCUGCCGGCUCCAGGUUUGAGAUGAGCUGCCAGACUCACGUCCAGAACAUCCCACCGGGAGCCGCCUUCUCCAUCCUCGUCUUGUCCGAGGAGGCCAUCGGGUCGUCCAGCCGCAAACUGGCGUCUCUGAGCCUCGAGAUGGUCCUGCAGCUGGAGGAAGACCGGGACCUGAUGCUGGUGAAGAGCGGGAAGAGGGAGUUCCAGUUCCGGAUGCCGGCGGUGCGAGAGACCGAUCGAGGCUUUUACUGGUGUGAGAUGAAGGCCUGGACGAAGCAGAGCGGGGAAGACUGGGUGGAGAUGGCCAAAGGAGUGUCCAAUAAGGUUCAGAUCGAUUUCAUACACAAAGGUCCCACGUUUGAUGUGUCCAUCAGUUCAGACACAACGAGUGUGUUCCCCUGGGAAACUGUGAAGAUGGAGUGUGAUGUCAGUGUUAGCGGCACGUCUCCGACUACAGAUGAUGUAGCGUACGAGAUGAAGUGGUUUCUGAGUCGUCUGAAGGGUUCAAACAGCCCGUCCCUGCUAGCCAGUAUGGACCGCUGGGGUGUUGUGCACAAGGCUCCUCGCAACGACAGCAGCGACUGCAGCCUGGAGCGCCUGGGACCCCGAAGAUUCGUCCUGAACGUCCACAGCACACAGGACAGUGACGCUGGUGACUAUUACUGCACCGCAACACCCUGGAUCCGCUCGACCGCCACCAGAGUCUGGAGCAAAACGCCGGAGAUCCUCUCACAGAAAGUCUUUCUUAGUGUCAAGUUUGCAUUGUGGGACUCGAUGAAGAUGCCUUUGCUGUACGGCGUCUGUGCUUCGGUGACUGUAGGCAUCGUUUCUCUCGUCCUGGGCCUGGUCUGUGCUCACUGCUGCUGUAAAACCACUACACCUACCCCACGCUCUCGCGACAAACUCAUGGAGCUGGAGAUGGAUUGACAAAGACAGUACAGUUGUCCCCUGCCGAACUGGACGGCGUGGUGACAACUGAUGAACGCUGGGACGUGUCCCGUGAUGUUAUGCACCACCUGGAAGGAGAAACUACAAUCUCAGAGGAAAAAACUGCUGGAUCAGAGUCAACGACUAGGGCGAAAUACUCAAAAAUUGCACUAACCACAUUCUUAUAUCAGAUGGGUACACGAUUUGUUGGAUUAAUGAACGUUUCGUCAUUGAAACAGGAAGAGAUACCUGACAAGAUCCGAGCAGGAUUUGACAGAUUGAAGGAUUAUAUUACUCUACAUCAAGCUCCAAAGAGAUCGUCUGCUUCCAGAUCAGGGUUUAAAGACACUCGUUUCUACCAUGAUUCUUCUGAGUUUGGUGCUACUCUCUUUUUGCAAGACACGGGAGGAGCUGAACCCAUGUCACAAUGUGAAAGAUGGUGUUUUAUCUGUGAUUCUGUGUUGUAAUGUAUGUACCGUUCAGUUUUGUUCUCUAACCCAUCCAGAGUUUACCAGCUCUGACCAACCCAUCUCUCUAAAAGUGAACUAGUCAACCAUUACCAGCUGGUUGACUGCAAUGCGAUGGGCGGUCACACUAGAUAUGAUGAGUAUAUGAUGUUUUUAAAAAAAAUGUUUUUUGAAUAAGUAGUAUUUUUUUAAUAAAUAAUAAAUGUCUAAUAUUAAAAUAUAUCAUCUUCUCGUGUUUCCAGUGACAAUACAACCCAUGUACUGGGUUAACACAUCUGUUUAGCUAGCUAGUAACACCCAGAACAACCUACAAGAACUCCAGAAUUGAAUCAGCAAUUCUGCAGCAAUAACUUUAAAAAUGUUACAACUAUCUAGCAAGAUUGGGGCAGUCGUGCCCUAACGGUUAGCGAGUCAGACUUGUAACCCCUGUAACACAUGUCACUUGACUUCAUUUUUUAGGAAACACUUUGACCAUAAUAGCCACCAACCAAAGUACCAUGAAAAUUGAAUACUAUAGCAAACAAGUGCAUCGCAGCAACAGCUUAGAUUUAGCUUCAAGAUUUAUAAAAACAACCUGGAUAGAAACACCAUUGCAACGACCUACCAACAAUCUACUGUAGCAAAGACCAGAACAUCCUAAAUCCACCUUGAACAUUGUAACAACCACCUAGAACACCAAAGCAAUUGCAUAAAUAGACCCUAGCAACCUCCUACAACAAUCUAAUGUAGCAAAGACCAAGAGCAUACUAGCAACUACAUAGAAAUGUACUAGCAACUACCUAAAACUUAAACAUACAUAAACAUACAUCAAGAACAUCCUAGCAACUACAUAGAAAUGCCCUAGCAACUAGCUAAACUUAAACAUACGCCAAGAGCAUCCUAGCAACCACAUAGAAAUGCCCUAGCAACUAGCUAAAACUUAAACAUACGCCAAGAGCAUCCUAGCAACUACAUAGAAAUGCCCUAGCAACUACCUAAAACUUAAACAUACGCCAAGAGCAUCCUAGCAACUACAUAGAAAUGCCCUAGCAACUACCUAAAACUUAAACAUACGCCAAGAGCAUCCUAGCAACUACAAAGCAAUGCCCUAGCAACUAGCUAAAACUUAAACAUACGCCAAGAGCAUCCUAGCAACUACAUAGAAAUGCCCUAGCAACUACCUAAAACUUAAACAUACGCCAAGAGCAUCCUAGCAACUACAAAGCAAUGCCCUAGCAACUAGCUAAAACUUAAACAUACGCCAAGAGCAUCCUAGCAACUACAUAGAAAUGCCCUAGCAACUAGCUAAAACUUAGACAUACGCCAAGAGCAUCCUAGCAACUACAUAGAAAUGCCCUAGCAACUAGCUAAAACUUAAACAUACGCCAAGAGCAUCCUAGCAACUACAAAGCAAUGCCCUAGCAACUAGCUAAAACUUAAACAUACGCCAAGAGAAUCCUAGCAACUACAAAGAAAUGCCCUAGCAACUAGCUAAAACUUAAACAUAAGCCAAGAGCAUCCUAGCAACUACAAAGAAAUGCCCUAGCAACUACCUAAAACUUAAACAUACGCCAAGAGCAUCCUAGCAACUACAAAGAAAUGCCCUAGCAACUACCUAAAACUUAAACAUACGCCAAGAGCAUCCUAGCAACUACAAAGAAAUGCCCUAGCAACUAGCUAAAACUUAAACAUACGCCAAGAGCAUCCUAGCAACUACAAAGCAAUGCCCUAGCAACUAGCUAAAACUUAAACAUACGCCAAGAGCAUCCUAGCAACUACAUAGAAAUGCCCUAGCAACUAGCUAAAACUUAAACAUACGCCAAGAGCAUCCUAGCAACUAAAAAGAAAUGCCCUAGCAACUACCUAAACGUAAACAUACGCCAAGAGCAUCCUAGCAACUACAUAGAAAUGCCCCAACAACUAGCUAAAACGUAAACACACGCCAAGAGCAUCCUAGCAACUACAUAGAAAUGCCCCAGCAACUACCUAAAACGUAAACACACGCCAAGAGCAUCCUAGCAACUACAAAGAAAUGCCCCAGCAACUAGCUAAAACGUAAACACACGUCAAGAGCAUCCUAGCAACUACAAAGAAAUGCCCCAGCAACUACCUAAAACGUAAACACACGCCAAGAGCAUCCUAGCAACUACAAAGAAAUGCCCUAGCAACUACCUAAAACGUAAACACACGCCAAGAGCAUCCUAGCAACUACAAAGAAAUGCCCUAGCAACUACCUAAAACUUAAAAAUACGCCAAGAGCAACCUAGCAACUACAUAGAAAUGCCCUAGCAACUACCUAAAACUUAAACAUACACCAAGAGCAUCCUAGCAACUACAAAGCAAUGCCCUAGCAACUACCUAAAACUUAACACCAAGAGCAUCCUAGCAACUACAUAGAAAUGCCCCAGCAACUAGCUAAAACGUAAACACACGUCAAGAGCAUCCUAGCAACUACAAAGAAAUGCCCCAGCAACUAGCUAAAACGUAAACACACGUCAAGAGCAUCCUAGCAACUACAAAGAAAUGCCCCAGCAACUACCUAAAACGUAAACACACGUCAAGAGCAUCCUAGCAACUACAAAGAAAUGCCCCAGCAACUACCUAAAACGUAAACACACGCCAAGAGCAUCCUAGCAACUACAAAGAAAUGCCCCAGCAACUAGCUAAAACGUAAACACACGUCAAGAGCAUCCUAGCAACUACAAAGAAAUGCCCCAGCAACUACCUAAAACGUAAACACACGUCAAGAGCAUCCUAGCAACUACAAAGAAAUGCCCCAGCAACUACCUAAAACGUAAACACACGCCAAGAGCAUCCUAGCAACUACAAAGAAAUGCCCUAGCAACUACCUAAACGUAAACACACGCCAAGAGCAUCCUAGCAACUACAAAGAAAUGCCCUAGCAACUACCUAAAACUUAAAAAUACGCCAAGAGCAUCCUAGCAACUACAUAGAAAUGCCCUAGCAACUACCUAAAACUUAAACAUACACCAAGAGCAUCCCAGAAACUACAAAGCAAUGCCCUAGCAACUAUGAGGUCACUGAGGUCUGGACUAUCCAUCCCUAACUCUAUAGGAAAGUAUUAAUAUGGUAUCAUUUAACAGUGUUCAUCCUUCCAAAACAGAAAACAUAUUUCCCAAACAUCUACAUCCUUGUCUUUUUUAAAGUGUUCAGCGUAUAGAAUAACCCAUUUUGAACUUUGGUAGAGAGAGGAAGAUGAAAGUCCUAGGCUAAUUCCCACACACCCCCCGCGAUCACAUGAGUAUGAAUGAAAGCUAUAGUGUCUAGUGUGGCCGCCCCUCGAACGGAUGAAAUAUCGACUCAUUGACUCCUACAGACGGGUCACAUGGAGGUCAGGGUUUGCUUAGGUUGAAUCUGUGCCUUGGGCCUGGUCUUGAAGCUCCGCUAACAGCUCGGCCCUCCGUUCUUCACCUCCACCGUCACAUCACGGAGCAAAUAGAGCUGAAACUCAAUACUGUGCAUUAGGGCCAAGAGACCCCCAGAACAAGCACUUUCCUCUUCAGUGAUGCCUCAAGGGCAUCGGCUGACCCUUUUCUGCAUUGUCUGCAUCUGAGGGUCUUUGUCUCCACUCCUGAAGCUAUGGGCUAACAGUGCUGAAAAAAAAAAUAAAUAAAUAAAAAUUCUCCUGUGAAUCUUCCAUAUGGAAGAUUGUGGAUAUUUACAGUGUUUGUGCUCAGCAAACAUUCUGGUGUGGAUUUGUUUUCAGCCUCUUUUUCUCUGUAUUAAACCACUGUUAAUUCAGACCGUUUAAACUUUAUUUUCUAGAUCUUUUCAGUCUUGAGAGUGCUUCUGUAUUUGGGUUUUGUAACGUUUAUACUUUUUAAGAAAAUUAAGAUUGAAGUUUAAAACUGUUGCAUUGAAAAUGACUGUGUUGAUAUCAAACAGAAUUGCAGUUGGUCUUUGUUAUUUUUAUUUUAUUUUUUCGUACUGAAUUAUGAUUGGUGUAAGAUUGUGUUAUUGACUGGGUUGUUGAGUGAAAAAAUGUAGUUACGUUGUUCAGCUGAUUAAAGAGUGGUUACACUAGAUAAUAAGCAUGCAAAAUUAUUACAGAAAUAUUUUAGAAGGAAUAUGGGCAACAGGAUGUGAUGUCAUGGUCCAGUGCUUUUGUUUAAAAGAAUAAAAUAUAAAUAAUAUUAAUAAAUUUAAAAUGUUAUGAUAUAUUUUGCGUCAUCUUGCAUAUGUACAUAUUAAAU